AUGGCUGCAAAUAACAUACAAGAUACUACUCACAGAUUUUCUGAUGUAGCUGGAGAACCAUGUACUAUGUUAGCACCAAUCGAAGUUACACUUGAAGAAGCUACUAAACCAUUAGAAAACAUCGUUCCUCGUAUUAGUACAUAUGUAUAUGUAGUCAAAGAACGUGCUAAAAAUCCACCAGAUGAUCUUUCAGUUGAUGAAUCAGCUUCAAUUGCAUUAUAUACAAUGGAAUGGGAACCAUAUACAGAUUCACUUUAUUAUAUUCUUAAUAACACAUUACGCAGUGAAGAUCGAAAAAGUUUGAAACCAUGGUUUCUUUAUCUUAAACUUAUCUGUACUGCUUUAUCUCGUCUUCCAUCAAUAGAGCUAACUGUUUAUCGUGGAGUUAAAAAUAUAAUCGAAAGUGAACAUGAAAAAUAUAAAGUAGGAAAAAGACUUGUUUGGUGGGGUUUUUCAUCAUGUUCAGUUAUUCGUGAAGUGUCCGAAGACGAACUUUUUCUUGGACAAACUGGUCUAAGAACAUUAUUUAUUAUUGAUUGUAUGACAGGAAAAGAUAUUGGAAAACAUUCGUAUUUUAAAAAAGAACAAGAAGUAUUACUUUUACCUGCAACUCAUGUUGAAGUUAUUAGUUAUGAACAAGAAGAAAAUAAUUUACAUGUCAUUUAUCUUCAAGAAAUUGAAUCAUCACAUAUUCUAUUGGAAUCUAUAUCUUCAGUAAAAGAAAGUCAAGAUUUAAAAGCAAGUUCAAUACGGAAAUCUAGUCUACGAGCACCAAUAGUUUAUGCCACAGUACUUGAACGUUAUCGCAAUAACAAGCUUAGAGAAUGUAUUCUACGAUGCAAACCUGAGUCUGAUGCUUAUUUAAAUGGAAGACGUCUUACUAAACAUGAUGUUGAAUCUGUUGUUCAACAAUUAGUAAUUAAUAAACAAUGUCGAGCUUUAUUUUUAAGAGAAAGUCAUAUGACAUCUGAAGGAGCAAUGAUCAUUUCUGAAGCUUUACGUAAUAAUAAUACACUAGUAAAAUUAUUUCUUUCUCACAAUAAACUUGGUGAUGAUGGUACAAAAUUUCUGGCUCGAGCACUCUCAUAUGAUAAUAAUUCAACUCUUAGAGAACUUUCUCUUGGUCAUAAUGGUAUUACAGAUCAAGGUGCUGAAUAUUUAGCAAAAAUGUUAGAAUCAAAUGUAACAUUAACAUAUUUAUGGUUAGGAUCAAAUAAAAUAAGCGAUCGUGGUUUAGAACGAUUAUGUGAAGUUCUUAUUAACAAGAAUAAAACUUUACAAAUACUUUCACUUGAAUGGAAUAAAUUUCCUAGUGAUAGAAGUGUUAAUAUUUUGGUUGAUUUACUUAAAAACAACAAGUCACUAACACAACUCAAUUUGGAAAAUUGUAAACUAUCGAAAUUUAGUGUUGAAAAAUUAAAAAUUUUAACAAAAACAAAGAAAAAUUUCGAAUUGAUCAUAAACUAA